UAUAUAAUAUAAAUAUAAUCUCCCUCUCUUAAGACAAGCGAAAUUACAGAUGACUACAAUCAACAGUUUCUUCGCUCCAUCUUCUUCUUCACUGUUGAUACAAACGAAAAGAUAUUCUUCUUACAGCCUCUCAAAUUCUCCAUCUUAUCACCUCUCCAACCUUUCAAAACCGUUCUUAAAUAACCCUAAUCUCGCCACAAAAAUCGGACAAUUUUCGCCCACCAAAGCUGUCACAGAUGAAAGAGAAGUUACGAAAACCCAAGAUGAAGAAAAGGUGAAGGAGGAGGAUGAGGGCAUCAAUAAUAAUGGUGUGAUAGUUGGUAUUAUUCCUUCUUCUGAUAGAUUAAUCAAUGCCGCUAUUGUUCUCGGCGCUGGUUCUCUUGCUAUCACCAAAUUGCUCACCAUUGAUCAUGACUACUGGCAUGGAUGGACACUGUAUGAGGUGUUGAGGUAUGCACCAGAGCACAGCUGGAAUGCUUAUGAAGAAACUCUUAAAACACAUCCCGUUUUGUCGAAAAUGGCAAUCAGUGGCAUUGUCUACUCCAUGGGUGAUUGGAUUGCCCAAUGUUACGAAGGGAAGCCCCUCUUCGAUAUUGAUCGAACGCGUAUGUUUAGGUCCGGCCUUGUUGGAUUCACACUACACGGAUCACUUUCUCAUUAUUAUUACCAAUUUUGUGAGGUUCUAUUUCCUUACAAAGGAUGGUGGGUGGUCCCGGUUAAAGUUGCGUUUGACCAAACUGUAUGGUCGGCAGUUUGGAACAGCAUCUACUUUGUGGUUCUAGCUCUCUUGCGAUUGGAAUCACCCGUCGUUAUUUUUAAUGAAUUGAGAGCAACGUUUUGGCCUAUGUUGACUGCUGGUUGGAAGCUUUGGCCAUUUGCUCAUGUAAUCACGUACGGAGUGGUACCAGUCGAGCAAAGACUUCUAUGGGUGGAUUGUAUUGAGCUAAUAUGGGUUACUAUACUCUCAACUUACUCGAACGAGAAAUCAGAAGUGCGAAUAUCUGAGGCACCCGAAGGUGAAUCCGGUUCUCCAUCAAACAAUUUAUCAAAGGAGGAGUAAGUGCUUGCAAGUAAAGAUGCCAUCCUACUCCUUAUUUGAGUGAUAAGUCAAAAAAAUAACAGCCAGCUCAAAAUUUGAGUUUAUUUGGGAAAAAGUUAAAGAUGAGACAGGUUUAUAUACAUAUAUAGAUAUAGAUAUAAUACAUGUAAAUAAGGUUUAAUUAUUCUUAUAAUCUUUCUUGUGUAUUUAAUUGGACAUGUUUUUGAUCUAGCUAAAAGGAUGGUUAUUUAUGCUUAUUAUGACUUGGCCAGAAGGGCUGUGUGUUCGAUC